AUGCGGCUCUCUUCACUAACGGCCUGCGGCCCCGGCGCGGCAGCGGAGCUUGCCAGUAAGGUGCGUGCGCUCCAGGCGGAUGCUGUCUUCUGGCUCACCGAGUCCUCGCAGCCGGCGGAGCUCGCAGUCGCUCUUGCCGACUCUGCAGAGAGCGUCGUCGGAGCAGUCACGACGCAAGGCCUCAUCGGCGGCGGCGGAGAGCACAGCCGGUCGCUCGGCUCCGCGUCGAUGCCCGGAGUGCCGUACUCCUUUUCUCCGUCGCCCGAGGCGGAGCGGACAGUCGCGCUUGCCAUCUCCGGACUCAGCGGCGGCGCGAGCAUGCUCCCGUGGCACUCGCCGCCGGACGGCCUGCCCGAUCUCCCAGAGGCCUUUUGGACUGACCACGCUGUCGGAGGCCUCACGGUCGGCGACAGUCGCUUCUUCGUCGGGGCGACAGAGCACGACGGCGGCGGCGUCGGCCUCGCGCUCUGCGGCGUCGACCUCGAGCCGCUCGGGGCGCGGCCUGUCGGUCCCAGCUUCUCCAUCACCGAGAGCGAUGGCAACGUCAUCCGCGCCCUCGACGGAAUGGAGGUGACCGCGGCGCUCGAGCCGGUGCUCAAGGAGUUCUCUUCGGCGAAAGGAGACCUCAUGGCGGGCGCCAGCGUGCCUGGCUCACUGCCCCCUUGUCACCCGGCGCGGCAAGAGUUGCGCGCGAGCGCCGCCGCCCUCGCCGCCGCGACCGGCGGCGGCGCGGCGCCGGCUGGUGGUCUGAUGGUGCCCCGCCGCCCAGAGCGGGGGAUGGUCAACACGGAACCGGUGCCGUGUGUUGGGCGGGGCGCCGCUCUCUACGGCGAGGAGGGCGUGGAGAGCGCGGUGCUCCAGCAGUCGAUGGGGUCGCUCGCGCUGGCGGACCACGCGCCACCCGCGGGCUUCUUUGCCGGCGGCGAGAUCGGGCCGGUGGGCGCGCGGACGUUUGUGCACACCUACACCACCACGGUGGGCUUGCUGCGAGCGCGCAGUUAG